GGUAGACAAAGCAUUCCUCGACCUUGUCAUUCUUCGCAUGCUGCUUCUAAAAAAGGCAUUUAGAAGGCAUGCUUCUGAUAACAAUGGGAAAAUAUCUUAUUGCUACUUCAAAAAGUAUGCGAUUAGAUCGAGAAUAACACUUUAUACCUAUUGAAAUUAAGUAAAAAUUAUAAUAAUAAAAACUACUUAAAAAUUUCAAAGCAAAAAAUCAGUGUUACUUCAGAUAUUCGAAGAAUGAUGCGGCAUUUACGGCUUAAAGGCUAUUGAAGACAGAUAUAAUGUUGGUAACGAAUAAACGCUGAAGACUUCCAAAACUAUUUGGAAUAUAGAUAUUUCACUCACCCUACCAACAGAGGUCAAAUACCUGGGAGUCAUAUUAGACAACAAAUUACUAUGGAAUAAAAAAAUAUAAACAUCUUGAAUUCAAAAUAACUAUAACAAAAAACAAAAUAAAUAAACAUCUUGAAUACAAGACGAGCAAAGCUCUAAUUGCAUUUGGUCAAUGCACACGAAUGAUACAAAGUCAAUGGGAUCUAUCGCCUAAAAUAAUCCAAUGGUUAAUCGUAGCCGUAAUCACACCACAAAUUAAAUAUGGCGCAGUUGUCUGGUGGCCCAGAAAAAAAUUGCAACUGCCAUAGAUAAACUCGAAAAGUUCCAGAGGGCAGCUUGCUGCGCCAUCACUGGAUGUAUACAACAAUCACGUCUACGGCAGCCAUGGAAAUAUGCUGUGCCUCCCUCCACUCGACUAUUUCAUUCUACUGGAAGCGACCGCUGCGAUGAUCAUAUUAUACACAGUCAAACUAUGGUCACGUAGUAAGAAAGAUCAUAGGAGAAUUCUGGAAGACGCCAUUGAAUAUGAGCCACUCAUCAAAGCGCUUAAUGACAGAAUUCCAAAACAAUAUGUUUUCGAGAAGAAAUACAAAAUAUAGCUGGAAGAAUCUACACAAAGAUUACUCCAGCAUUAAGGAACUUAGGAUGUAUUAAAACCCCAUUAUGGUAUUUGAGCUGGCCCCUCACCUGACCUUAACAUACACGUAUCAAUAGGGCCAAACGCAUUAAUCUUCCAAUGCGAACUCAUUGGCAUUGUAAACGUUGUCGAAGCAAUUAAUUUAAAAAUUAUAAAUUGGAGGCCCCGUAGACAAAUGAGGACAACCUGAAGGGGGGGGGGACACUGCUACUGGGAACGAUCAUGGACUUUGGAUUAAUCUACGAAUGUCACAAAAGCCUACAAUAACUAACCGUGACAAACAACAUAACCCUACAGUGGAUAAAAGGACACAGCAGAUCCAUUGGCAAUGAUGCUGCGGACAAACUUACCAGGAAGUGGUCCAGCUUGCCAGGAGUCACGCCUAUGGUAUCACUACCUUUAUCAUCGGUGGUCAUUGUUAAGGUAGUGCACGUUCGCGCAACAGAAACAAUGAUGGGCACAAGCGGGUAACUUUCGACAAUCAAGAGAAGCUAUACCGCAACCCAAAACGAAAUUAGCCAGGGUAGCUGCUCCGUAUGAUCUGGAAGGUCAUCAAGGAUCUUCGCACAAUUGUGAGUACCGUAACUAGAUACUGCUCUCUCAACAAACGCCUCCACACCAUAGGUGUCACCGAUAGUUCUUUCUGCAGGGCUUGUGUGUCAACAUAAGAAACCAUCGCUCACGCUAUUUUGGAUUACGAGAGCUUGGCAGCACAUCGAGAACAUAUAUAUGUCUUAAAUGCGGAAAAUUGGAGCCCCUUAUCUAACCUAAUGUCACACAUGUUAGUAAUAUCAUAUAACAUGUGAAAUAGGUACUCUUAGAAUUUCAUUUAAUAUUAACUUACGAUAUGUUGGAUUUAUCAUCGAUAUCGCUGUUUAUAGCACAAAAGUAACGAUUUAUAUCGAUAUCAAAUCGAUAUAAAUCGUUACUUUUGUGCUUAAAUAUAUCGUUAUCGGUAUAUCGGUUUUCCCAUAUAUAACCAUCCCUAAAUAAAUAUAAUUAAAAAAAAAACUGUUUGUCGUUUGCAAUUUGCAUCGUAUUUUAUCUGCAAAAAUUGUAACUCAAGAAAUAAUAAAAUAUCAAUUUAUUACCACACAUAAAAACAAUUUACUGAUCAUACGCACAAAUAGAAUGAGUAGUAGUAAAGACUAUAUAACUUUUUCUAAUUGAAAUUGAUCAGUCGAUCACCGACCGUAAUGGCUAGUGAAGACGUGAUAGAGUUAGGAUCUUCUGAGGAUGAAACGGAGCCACCUAUUAAAAAGAUGAAACCUAUGCCAAAUGCUAUGGUUCAUAUUCCCAAUAAAAUUCAUGGUGUGACUAUUAAACCGGCGAGAUCUAACAACAUGGUUAUUCCUAAAGAGUUAGCUGGAAAAAAUGUUACUAUCAGGAAAAUCUCUAAGGCCAGUAACAUUGUUACAAAUCCAUAUGCAGCUAUAAACAAAAUGAAUGGAAAACAAAUAAAGAAAGCAGUACCAGCCUUCAUACAACUACCGAAACCUGUCAUUCAGAAUAAACCUGUAAUUCAGAAUAAACUGGUUAUUCAGAAUAAGCCUAUGAUUCAGAAAAAACCUGUGAUUCAGAAUAAACAUUCAAUUAAUCCUAUAAAUUUUAUAGAUAAGUAUAAUUCUCAAUUUGCAAAUAAUAAGGCUUCUGGGAGUAGCAGCUUAAAAACUCCUAUUAAGAUACAUAGUCCGAGAACUCUUAACAGGUUACCCCCAAGUAUAACAAUAACAAAAACCUCUGGUUCUAUGAAAAGGGGGCCGAUAAAUGUGAUAAAUCCUGUUCAUAAAAAACAGAAAAUUAACAGUGUUGUUAAACCAAUUGCUGGUGAAGUUUUGACUGUUGAACUAGAUGAUGAUGAUUCAACUUCUGUUUCUACAGCUGGUCCACAAUGGUAUGUAAGGCCAGAAGAUCAAGAUUCUUUUCCAGCAGAAGAAAUCAAUAACAAAGAACCAGAGAAGCCAGCAUAUGUUGAAAUCACAAUUGAGGACAGCCCUGUAAAACCUCCAAACAAAAAAACUCUUGAAGUUAUGGUAGAAUCUUUUGUUACAAUUGAUGAUAGUCCUGUUAAGAUGACUACAGAAAAAAAAUCAGACUGUAGUGAUAUAGAAGAUGAUCCAAACAAAAAAGAUAAGCAUAGUAAGAAAAAAUUAGAAUAUCCAAAGGAAAUUGAUAUAGCUCCUGAAAAAAUUGAAAUAGAAAUUGCUCCAUGUAUACAAAGUGUAACAUCUGUUGAAACAGAUGCUAAAAAAGAGGAAGUGAUGGACAAUAUUAUUGAGAUUGAAGAAUCCCCAUUAAAGGUACAAGGUACAGGUAUGAGUACACCAAAAAAAGAUAAAUCAAGACCUGAUUUAUCAACAGCAAUUCCAGCACUAAACCUACAAGAGGAUUGUGAAUUCCACCCUGUUUAUCAAAAUUUUAUUUCGCUAUGUUUCCAACUAGAGAAUUCAGAAGACAUGAAAAAGAUUGUUGAAAAGAAAAUUAAAACCUAUUAUAGACAGGUGCCUAAAAGUUAUACAGAGUCUGAGGAAUUUAUUGAUAUGGUGUCAAGUAAAAUUGUGGCAAUGAAGGCUAGUCCUGAGAAAAUGUAUUUGUACAUUAAAGAUAUUGUUGAUGAAUUGAAUUUGCAAAGGAAAAUGGCAAAAUCGCAGGUUUUGAGUAAUAUUGAAGCUAAAGCAUCUGAAGCCAACAAAUUUUUAUAUAGUGAAGAUAAUGAAUAUGAUUCAAAAAGGCAAAGACAAAUUCGUAAACUGGAAAAAACACUCAAAAAGCUCCAUAGAGCUAUACAAAAAUUAGAGGAGCAAGAAGUUGACUUCGAUGAUGAAGAAGAUUCUGUUUAUUUGCUCACAGAGAGUGACGAUGGCUGUACAUCCAAUAAGGAUAGUGAUAAACAGUUUCUGAAAGAUCCUAAAGUUCUUUUACAAAGAUACAAAGAGAGAAUGGUAAGAGUGCAUGCGAAAUUUUGUCAACUUACCAAAACAAAAAUGCCAUCGGAGCCCCGUGUGCAAAUUGAUGCACGCCCUGGCCAACCAAAGGGACCCGCUAAGAAGCUCGAGAAGUGGAUAAAUAAGAAAGUUCCCAUAGGAACUCCGUUACCUUUUCCUGAUUUUCAUGAUGUGUUACGAUGUGUGAGGGAAGCUAAUGAUGAAGAUAAGCUCGGAUGGAAUGAAGCUGAUAUUAUGGAAGAAGCGCGCGAUUUAUUCACGAGAUGUGGUAAGAAACUACAAAGACGACGACAGGAAAAUGAAUGGAGAUUGGCAGCUUCUAGAAUAACAAUAGAUGCAGACCCUGCAGAAAAGAGUGAUGAACUAAAGCAAAAACUGGCUGAAAACAAGAAAACAGCAUCAAAGAGAGAAACUGAAGUCCUCAAUAAGUAUGCUGAUAGACAGAGUCAAUUAAAGUUAGAAGCUGAAGAAAUAGGUGAAAAAGAAGCUGAUGAAUCGCCAAUUGAAAGUGAUGACGAUGAUACUAUUGAUGAAUCCUCCUUGCAUAAUACGGAUAAAAGAAAAGAAAGACUUAAAAGACUAUUACAAGAAAAAUCUCAAAAGACGAGUGAAGGAACAUCGCCUACUCCUACUAGCCAUAUUACGACUGAUGGUGAUAUUUUAGAAAAAGCUGAAAAUAAUGAUGUUGAGAAAGCAAAUAAGUUGAGUGAUAUCAUAACUACAAACGAUAUCGAUGAAUCUUGUAUUGUAGAAAAAGAAACGGAUGUACAAGAUGAUAAAAGUGAAGCUAAUAAAGAAAACCAAGUUAUUACAACAGACAGAACAGAAAUUAACGAAAAUAAUAUAUUCGAUAAUAAAGUUGAAGUCAAUGAAAAUGAAUCAGUUGAUAAAACUACAAAUUAUGAUACAGUUCUUAAAGAUAACUCAAAACAUGAUGUUGAGAAAAUUCAUUCUCUUAGUGAUGAUAGCAAUAAACUAGAAUCCGAUGUGGACGAACUACAUUUGCUACAGAAAUUACAUUCUGGAAAUGAAAUAAAUUCUACUAUGUCAGAUACAUCUGGAUGUGAUACACCUAUAGCCAUAUCUGACACUCUCGGAUCAAGUGAAGAUAGUGCAAAGCAAGCCAGUGGUGUAAUAAGUAUUGAAAAUUCUAGUUACUCUGAAUCUGAAGUAAAUAACCAGGUAGCAGAUGUUAAUGAAGAUGAAGAGGAAAUACCUGAACAUGUUUCAGAAGGCUUACCGUGUACAGAGGAAAAAGAUGGUAUUUCCACAACUUCUAAUGAAAGGAAACGAGUAAUAACCAAUAACGAUGAAUAUAAUGAAUCUAUAGAAGAUAUUUUAUUGGCAUCAUCUGAUGAUGAAACCGAAGAUGCUAAUAAUCCUAUAACACCUGUUAAUAAAGAAGAAUGCGUCAAUUUAAAGGACGAUACUAUAUCUAUAGGAGACACGCUUGUUGAAGAAGUAAAGGAAAAUACUACAAGCAAACCUUUACAAGAAGAUACGAUAUCGAUUGAAAGUGUGACUAUAUCGACGGGUGUUGUAGAUGAAUUAAGUGAAAACAAUAGAGAUGAUAUCCCAAUAGUUAGUGAUUCCAUUGAAAAGCAGAAUGAUGUUACUUUGAUAGACUCUACAAAUUUGCAAUUGGAAAUUAAUGAUGCUGAACCUGCUGAAAAGAUUCCCGAUAGUGAUAAAUUAUCUGCUAAUAUCGAUAUAAAUUUAUCAGAUACUAUUACAACAACCUCUACAUCGAAUAUAAAUAAUGCAAAUAAGUCGAUGGAUAUUGUUGAAAGUACUGAAGAAUCAGCAGAUUGUAUAAAAUCUACGAUUUCAGUGAAUAGUCCAUCAGCGAAUGAAAAAGAAAAAAUUACAACUCCAUAGUUCGAAGAUAUAUUUGAUAUUGAAUUUUAUUAUGUGAAGAUAACAGUGAGAACUGUAUAUUUAAUUUAACAGAAUAAAUAUCUUGUCAUAUGAUCUCGGUUAGAAAAGGAGAGAAAUACUUGUGGCGGCGACUCUAAUUAACCGCAAAGACCGCGCCCGCUCGUGCAAAAGAUAUAAAAGCUUUGCACUUCCUACCAUAUAAUUUGGAAAGUUUAUAAUUCUUAAAUUAUUUAAAAGUAUCUGAAUUUAAGUUUCAUAAGAAAGAUCUAUAGUC